AUGAGGAAGACUUUACUACUCGUCUUUAUUCACGGUUUCAAGGGCGGCGAUGAUACUUUUGGCACGUUCCCUGAGUAUUUGCGCGUUUUCGCAAGCAGAGCACUUCCUGCGGUCGAGGUCGCCACUGCUGUCUACCCCAAGUAUGAGACUAAAGGUGACUUGAAAGAGUGCGUGGCAAGAUUGCGAGAUUGGUUACAAGAUACUGUGAUUGAUCUUGAAGUAGCCAGCCAUACGGCAUCACCCACCGUUGAUCCCUCGGUCCAUGUCGUUCUGAUCGGUCACUCAAUGGGAGGAAUAGUAGGAGCAGAUGUUCUCCUUUUGCUAGCAGCGGAACAACCAAUUCCUCGAAAUACGCAGCCAGGGUUAAAUGGCAUCGAAUCUAUCGUGGAACCGGGUACUUUCAUGUUCCCUCAUAUACAAGGAGUGCUUGCAUUUGAUACCCCAUUCUUGGGCAUAGCGCCAGGAGUUCUGUCAUAUGGCGCAGAAGGACACUAUCGUACUGCUGCAACCGCCUACAAUACCUUCUCCGAGGUAGCAGGUCUGUUCGGUUACGGUGGGAACAAUGCAUCAAACCAGGGGACCACCCAUGCAUCCCCGAAAGAGUCCCCCAAAAUGUCGCCUUCCACACCCGACGCCGCCGCGACACCUUCCUGGCAACGAUGGGGUAAAUAUGCCAUGUUCGCUGGCGCGGCUGGUGCUGUUGCCGCUGGCGGCGCAGCCUUAUAUACGCAACGCCAGAAGCUCACUGACGGGUUUGGAUGGGUAUCAUCGCACCUCGAGUUUGUUGGUUGUCUCGCGCGCACGUCGGAAUUGCACGAGCGUCUCCUGCGAUUGUCAAGUCUCAAGGAGGAACGUGGCAUCGGAUGUGUGAACUUCUACACAUGCCUCGGAAAAAAUGCGACUAGUCUUGUGGAAAAAACAUCAGCAAACAAAACAUCCUUCAGCCAGAAAAUCAUUAGGUCGAGGAACAGGACCUUCUGUUCAUUGCCAGCAGAGGUGGAACGUGGCGAGGGAUCUCAAAGUCCAGGACUUUUGUGGACCAGGGCAGUUAAUGACCAGGCUACUGACGAAACAAACGCACAUAUUACCAUGUUUCUGUCCAAAGAGAAUCCUGCAUUUUUUGAAAUGCUCAGGGAAGCGUGUGCGGUCUUGGUCAAGUCGAUAGACAAAGGCUGGUAUGAUUCGUCCACCGAACCGCCCAAGAAAGACGAUAUCAAGCAACCACAUGCAACAGAGGGCACAAAAACCAAAACAGACGGGGACUUCAUGGAUGGCGAUGACGUUGUUGUCGUUGACUGA